AUGAGUUCUCUUCCGGCUUUCCAGGGCAUGAAUAUCCUUGUGUGCCCUUCUGGGUUCAAGGGCAGCCUCCAGCCCGACGUUGCCGCCGACUGUAUCGAAGCCGGCAUCAAGUCUGUGAUGCCGGAGGCUUCUGUCCGCAAGGUCCCCCUUGUCGAUGGAGGCGAGGGGUUUACUAGCGCCCUGGUUUCUGCCACUGGCGGGACGAUUCACCCCGUCACCAUCACCGGCCCUGUCGGCUGCCCGAUUGCAUCUUUCUUUGGCAUCCUGGGGAGUGAUAUCUCCAAGACGCCAAGGACUGCCGUCGUUGAAAUGGCAGCUGCCGCGGGCCUGAGCCUCGUCCCCGCUCACCUCCGCGACCCAGGGUCCACCACCACCUUUGGCGUUGGCGAACUUCUCACUGCUGCACUCGGAGCUGGCGCAAAGCGGAUUGUCGUCGGAUGUGGUGACUCCGGUACCUGCGACGGCGGCGCUGGCAUGCUCCAGGCUCUUGGCGCUCGGCUCAUAGACCAAGACGGCCACCCGCUUCCCAUUGCAGCGGGCGGCGGGUCCCUGCUCGGGCUAGCGAAUAUUGAUCUGCGCGAUGUCGACAAGCGUCUCAAAGACGUCACCAUUGAAGUGGCAGUCAACUGGAACAACGUGCUGUCUGGCCCCGAGGGCGUAGCCAGAGUGUUUGGCGCGCAGAAGGGGGCCAACACCGCGCAGAUGGAGAGGCUGUCUGCAGCCAUGGAGGUCCUCGCUGCUGUUGCCGGCCGCCUGCUCUUCGACAACAAGGUAGGCCUUUCGCCGGGUGGAGGCGCUUCUGGAGGGUUGGGUACCGGUUUGCGGUUGGUCGGUGCCAAGCUCCGGCCAAGAUAUGAGGUGGUGGCGGAGUAUGUCGAUUUUGACGGGCUGUUCACCGACUGUGACCUGGUGCUCACAGCUGAGGGGGGCAUCGAUGACCAGACUCCCCGGGGCAAGAUUCCAGCCGAGAUUGGCGUGCGGGCGAAGAAGCACGGGCUGCCUGUAAUUGCCAUCGCGGGGACCAUCGGGCCAGGGGCGCGGGUCAACUACGACGUGGGGAUCGAUGCAUACACGUGUAUCCUACAACGCCCAUCGACGCUGGAAGAGGCAAUUCUGGAGGCGGAGAAACUGACGCGGGAGAGUGCCGAGUGCGUCAUGCGGAUGAUUGUCGUGGGACGCAUGUUAGGGUCUAAGAAGCCCUUUCCCAUUGCGCAGCCGCCGGCAUCGACAUGGGUUUAG